GGGGGUGGGUUUUGGUGGAGCCGGGGUUCACCGGGCGCCCACUCUCCUCCCCAGGAGUGUCCCAGCGGCCUCGUGGACGAGGAGACCUUCAAGCUCAUCUACUCGCAGUUCUUCCCCCAAGGCGAUGCCAGCACCUACGCGCACUUCUUGUUCGACGCCUUCGACGCCGACCGCAACGGGGCUCUCUGCUUCCAGGAUUUUGUCAUUGGCCUCUCCGUCUUGCUGCGGGGGACAGUGCACCAGAAGCUGAAGUGGGCUUUCAACCUCUACGAUAUUAAUAAAGACGGCUACAUCACCAAGGAGGAAAUGCUGGAGAUCAUGAAGUCCAUCUACGACAUGAUGGGGCGCUGCACCCACCCCACCCUGAGGGACAGCGCGCCCGCCGAGCACGUGGAGCUGUUCUUCCAGAAGAUGGACAGGAAUGGUGACGGCGUGGUGACCUUCGAGGAGUUUCUGGAGACGUGCCAGAAGGACGAAGACAUCAUGAGCUCCAUGCAGAUCUUCGAGAACGCAAUCUAGAACCCGGGACCGCCCGCUCGGCCCUGCCAGUGCCUCUCUGAGCAGCCGAGGGGAACUUUUUUCUACUAUUUCAGACAAAACAAAAGGAUAAAAGAAAGAAAAUAAUCCACCUGGCUCCCGGCACUCCAGUUAAAAGAGGCGAGAAGAUAUAUGGACGACUUUGCCAGCUCGUCUGCCUGAGCCCUCCCUGACACAGCACCUGGCAAUGCCCGCCCGACAGCCAGACCCAUUCUGGGGGGCAGAGCCCCACCUCAAAGAGGUUCCCUCUGCCCCGGGUGGUGCAGGAGACCUUGCCGCAGCACAAACCCUGCCCACGGGACGCGAGCCGUCGGGGAGGGACCCUCGAGGAGGGGGUUUCUGUAUCACAGCCCUGACACGGCAGCUCCUGAAGGCCGACUGAAAGCACAUGAACCUCCUCUCCCUGCCCGCCCCGCGCUGGAGGGGACCCACAUCGAGAAGCCACUCCCCACCUUCCAGCGGUGCAAGGAGAGAGGGUUUAUUUUCUAAAUAAAACAAAUGGCUAUGAUUUAGGGAUGAAACACGCCACCUGGGGAGCCAAGGGGAAACAGUGGUCACACACAGCCUAGCGGGGGGGUGGAGAGGGUGACCCCAAGUCCUGGGGUAGCGGCAGCAGAGGCAGCUUCACCCACAAGAGUGGCGGGGUGCGGCCGGGAGGGUUAUUUGGGUUAUUUCUGCUUUUUUUUUUCCUCACAAAUGGGCCAGCGAGGCCAGGCUGCGCCUCAGCCAGGCCACACCUCGGCCAGGCCUAGGCCCCGGCCCCCUCCUCCACAGCCGCCUGUUGCUUGCUCACUCACUGCGUGUUUCCAUGAAAUAAAGGUGAGAA